AUGGUCAACGUUCGCUCUAUCACGGCUGUCCUGGCCACCUCUGCCCUCAUCGGGCAGGCCAUCGCCCACCCGGGUGAGAAGCACACCCCGGCACAGAUCAAGCGCGAGGUCGCCGCUCAGCACCAUGCCAACCACAAGAUGACACGUGCCUUGAACGCUUGCGCAAGCAAACCCUCGUUCGUUGCUCGCAAGGAGCGCGCCAUCGCACGCCGGGCCGAGACUGCUAAGUCCCUGCGCCAGAAGCGCGGCAUCGAGCACAAGGCUAUCCACGCCAAGCGAGAUCAGGCCGCUCUCGAGAGAUGGAUGGCCGUCUCGCACAACCAGACGGCCGAGGGCUACAACCUCGAUACCCCUGCGGACACCCUCUUCAGCGGCAACGCCACCUGUGCCCUGGUCGAGGACACCACCAUCGGGCCGUACUGGGGCCAAGCCGGUGUUCCCCUGCACCUCGAGCUCGAGUUCGUCGACGUCAGCGACUGCUCCCCCGUCUCGGACAUGAUCGCCGACAUCUGGCACUGCAACGCGACCGGAGUCUACUCGGUUGUCUCCAGUAUGGGCCAGGGCGGUCUGGACUCGACCUUCCUCCGCGGCGCCCAGAUCUCCGACACGGAGGGCGGCGCCUCGUUCGACAGCAUCUUCCCCGGCCAUUACACCGGGCGCGCACCCCACAUUCACGUCCUGACCACCAAGCAGGCCACCGUGCUGACAAACCAGACCUACGAAGGCGGCGUCGCCACGCACAUCGGCCAGCUUUUCUUCGACCAGAGCCUCAUCACGGCCGUCGAGCUGUCCGCUCCGUACACCGCUAACGAGCAGGAGCUCACCACCAACGCCGACGACGACAUCGCGGCUGGCGAGGCCACCGAGGACUACGAUAUCUUCAUGGACUACGCGCUGCUCGGUGACGCCUACGAGGACGGCCUGAUGGCUUGGAUCACUAUUGGUAUUGAUUCGUCGGCAAACCAGACCGCCCAGGUCCAGGCUGCUGCUCACCACUAUGAUGAUGGAGGUGUCGAUACCUCUGACGGACAGACCGGCCCGGGGGGGCCCCCUCCUACCAAGGCCCGCCGUGGUAUCUACUAA